UCUCAAGCUCCAGCCCGCCCGCCGCAUCGACAGCGAGAUCGUCACGCCUAGCAGGCGCCACGGGGCAGCCCCGCUGCCGGGGUCCUCGCGACGGAAAGCCCGUCACCAUGGAGAUGGGGCGCGCGCCCGCGGCCGUUAAGUCCAGGACAGUUUCGGGCGCUGAGGCAGCGACUCCCAGCACCCAACGGCACCGACGGCGGACCCUUCCCUGGCUCGCAAUGGCUCGGGUCGGCCGCCGCGGUCACCUCAGCCUACGCGGGCAGUGCGGCGGGUUCCACUAAGCGCAAGGCGCCCAACGAUGGAGCGGGGCGGGGCCUCGGGCCGUCCGGGUCGGUCUGAGACAUCCGCUUCCGGGGCUGGGGCUAGCGCAAUACCCGGUUCGGUAGGCUCGCCGUGCGGUGCCCAGGACCAAUCCCCAAACCCUCCGUUCACUGAGUCGCGGCCGCCCUCGCCUCGCUGCCGGGCGCCCUCGCCUCGUUGCCAGCCGCCCUCGCCUCGCUGCCGGACGCCCUCGCCUCGCUGCCCGACGCCAGUACUCUGCUGCCCGCCUCCUCAGCCAGUCAUGCUGGAGCAUCUGAGCUCGCUCCCCACGCAAAUGGAUUACAAGGGCCAGAAGCUAGCUGAACAGAUGUUUCAGGGAAUCAUUCUUUUUUCAGCAAUAGUUGGAUUUAUCUACGGGUACGUGGCUGAACAGUUCGGGUGGACUGUCUAUAUAGUUAUGGCUGGAUUUGCUUUUUCGUGUUUGCUGACACUUCCUCCAUGGCCCAUUUAUCGUCGGCACCCCCUCAAGUGGUUACCUGUUCAAGACUCAGGCGCAGAAGACAAGAAACCAGGGGAAAGAAAAAUUAAGAGGCAUGCUAAAAAUAACUGAUUGGGGGUUUUCAUGAUUCAGCUUUACUACUGAACCUGCUUUUGUAUCUUGUGAGCGAGCUAAAUUUUGGCACCCAGAACACGAGCUAAAAACCACCUAUACUUUUAUGGUACAGCUGUUUAUAGAUUUUGUUCUCUUUAUUAUUUCACUUCUCAGUUGGGCUUUGACUUACACAUAUUUUAGACCUGUUCAUAAUCUUUCUCUGAAAUGGAGAACAGAAAAUAGAAGUAUGCAAACUUUCUUUCAGGUCUACAAAAAUAAUGAAUAUAUGCCUCUUAAAUGGAAGAACUUAAUCAUCAAAGCUUUAUAAUUCAUUGUUAAGCCAUUUUAAUAUUUUCAAUUAAAAUUCACAGUGCAAGUCUG